AAACGACCUCAUUUGCCGGGCGGAAUAUGGCGGUGCUGUUGCUUCGCUUUUUAGCUCGAAGGUAGCAGUCUAGUAGAUUGCAUACUAGUCUAUGGACGUGACGCGGAGCGCGGCGUCUCGCUCGCGCUCACAGACUUUUAUGUGCCACUAGACUGCUACACCCUCGAGCCGCGGCUCGCGAUCGUGGCAUCUUUUUCUCUAGCUAUACAGAAGUCUGCUCGCGCUGCGCCGGCUGUGGUCUGGGACGGAGCGCCGGUAGAGCGGAAACCGCGCGGAGCGACUCGGCCAAUCGUGAACCUGAAAGCGACGGUUCGUGGCCGCACGCGCGACACCCGUCACUAGUUAUUUUCGUACGUCGCGGCUAUCGGCGAGGAAGGAUUAAACUGAUUAAAAAAGAAGCGUGGGGAACGCUGAGGGAGGUUUGAGUGCGUUGGGGGCUGGACGAGGUUGUUUGCAAGAUCUUAGUUGAGGGAGAAAGGCAGUUGCAAGUUUCUUGCGACCGCCAACGAGGAGACCCCGACUGUCUGUCAAAGAGCUUGAUAAAAGUACUCGAGUCCUGAUUUCGAAACGGAAGUCUGUGCCAAGUAACUGCCUUCGAGAGUAAUUUUGUUUUAACGGAAUAAGCUUAACGAAGUCGUUCGAGAAAUGGCGAGAAGGAGAGAAAGUUGAUCCUCGUGCCGGAUAGUCGCUCGACACCCAACUGUAGUCGAAGGCUCGGCACUCGUCUUUUCAAAAUUCCACACGAUGGAAAAGAUCUACCUCUCGCCAAAGUCGAGCUCGGAAAGUUCUCACAAUGUUUAUCACGCGAUUUUUUUUUGCGUACUGACCAAGACUUCUCGCUAAGUACAAAUCUGGUCUUGUAAUUUGCCUGUAAAAAGGUGUUUGUAAAAUGUUGUAACCGAUCGAUCGUACAAAGUAUCUUGCGUUGGACCACCUACACGCGAUUAGUCGAGGAAUAGAGGGAUGAUCGGAGAAGUUACAUGCGCCGUAAUGAACGUCUGAGGAACACUUGCAGGCGAGUCGAUUGCAACUGAUUCUUCAAGAAUCGUUCAGAUAUUCAGUUUUCACAGCGCUUCAAGACGUAACAGUAGUGCUGCGAGUGUCAAACUACAGGAUUCCAGCACUGAGCAAGAAUGUCGGCGCACGUCAUGUGCCUAACUUCCUCCGGAGGGAUUCCCCUGUUCUCGCGCCAGAAGGGAGACAGCGACAUGAUAACGUUCUCGAAGAUCGCGUCUCUCAAUGGCGUUCACAUGUUCCUGAAGUCGCAGGACGUCACUCUGCUCAGCACGGAUCUGCCGGACGUGACGGUGGCGUGGAAGGAGUUCGAGCAGUGCAUCAUACUGAUAGCGAUCGCGAGCGGAGUGACGAAGUACGUGCUGGACAGGUUUCUGGACGCCACCUUCGGCGCCAUGGUACUCUUCGCCGGCAUCGACGAGAUAAAGAACACGAAGAACGUAGAGAGGCUCAAGAAGGACAUGCGUCUCUGCAGCCCUAUUAUCGACAGAUUAAUGGACUGCUUGAACGUGGGGGAUAAGAUCGCCGCGAAAACCGAUAUGAUUAACAUGACGGAAUGCAUCAUCUCUUCGGAGAGUCAUUUGCUUCAGACCUGUUUAGAGGGAUUUAUGGAGUGCCUGGACUCGAUGUACGGGUGCGUUCUGGUGCACGGCUGCGUGGCAGCUGCUACGGAAGGCUGGUGGUCGCUGGACUCUGUGGAAAGAAAAUUAUUGACAACGGCGAUCGCUUCGGAGAUCGUUUGCACCACGCGAGACAUUCCGGUGUUUUUACCGCGCAAAAGUCCAAACGUAGCCUUCAGAUUGGUGUCUGUAACUCUGAUCAAUCACGUGGAAGUCCUGGCGUUGUGCGGGCCAAAUCCAGAACUAACGGAAAUCGAGAGAUUCGCUGUGCAGUGCUGGAAGAGCAAUAUGGACGCGCUGUGCACUAUCGAACAAUCUUAUCCGCGAAACUUGCCUACGUCGAUCUCGUUGGACAGCGAGACACUCGGCUUUCUACUGGCGAACUACAAGACGGAAAAAUUCGUGCUCGGCAGAAACUCGCAGUGCGCGAAAAACCGCGCGACGGGCUCGCACAGAUUGGACAUCUUGCGAACGUUCUAUCAUCAGGCGGUCGAGACGUUCGCGCUCUCGGCCGAGCACGAGGAGAGCGGCGACGAGAGGGCGACCGCGAGUACCUGCAAGUUCAUCGGGGCGAAGGAAACGUACUUGUGCUCCGAGUAUCACAAAUGCCAUGCUGUGAAACACGGUGACAAUAUACUUUGCGUUUUGUACACGUCCGCAGUGCCUACUCAUACCAUGAGACUGAUCAGUCAGAAAAUAGUAAAGAUGAUAUUUAGCGACAAGCAAACGUACUGGUAGGCUACCAUUUCUCUUACAUCAUGUGUUAAAUAAAGAAUACUGUUUUCUACUAA